AUGGAGGGACUCAAUCAUAGUCUUUCCAGUCUGGAACUGGACCAAGGCCCGGUGGCCACUGGGACCAGAAAAACAAGUCGAAGACCCAAUCGCGCCUUUCAUACUUUUGAUUCUGGUGUUCAAGCACCAUCUUUCCCGGGUAUUGAAACUAACGCGCCAUCACCAAUUGGCCAGCAUGUCAAUUCCACAUUUUCGUCUCCUGCACCUGCACCAAAUAGCCAAUUUGCUGGAGCGGAAUCGCCAAGUUUGGUGACAUCCCACUAUGUGCCCAGACAAAGGCUUGACGACCAAGCAGCAUACAUCGCGCAGUCUUUUGUCACUUCUAGAGACUCUGUUCCACCUUGUGCAACUACGCAGUACUACUGUGUCGAUCAAGGCUCUAGUGAUCCGCGUAAGAUGGGUCUCACCAUGUACAACGUCCCUCGGAAUGAGCAGAUCCGUUCAGCGGCAAAAUUGCCUAUGGGGGCCGUUCUCCAGCCGUUUGCAAGCUCUUCUCCUGGUGACGACGUUCUGCAGGUUGACGUGUCAAGAACGAGUGGUCCUUUGAGGUGCAGGAGGUGCAGAUCAUACGUGAAUCCAGCAUAUUCAUUCACCUUUGAUUCGAAGGCCAUUUGCAAUUUUUGUAAAGUCAGCACGCAAUUGAGCGAGGAUUACACAGCUCCUUUGACGCCCAACGGCAUGAGGUCGGACAUUCACGAAAGGCCGGAGCUUUCGAAGGGCACCGUGGAUUUUCUGGUUCCCGAUGUCUAUAACUCCAAGGGAGCCAAAGUCAAUGUUCCAUUGCACUACGUUUUUCUCGUGGAUAUCUCUACGAUGUCUAAUGAAAACAAAAGCUCUUUGGUGAUGGUAGAGGGUAUUAGGGCUUGCAUCGAACACAUUGCAAAAGAGCAGCCAAACUGUAAAAUUGCCAUUAUGGCCUUCGAUAAAGAAAUCCGAUUUUUCAACCUCCGGAAAGAGCUCAGUCAGGCUCAAGAGUACAUUGUCAGUGAUCUACAGGACGUGUUUUUACCGAUGUUCAACGGGCUUUUCGUUAGGCCAGAGGAAUCCAUGCACGUCAUUCAAGAUACGCUUUGCAAAAUAAUUGCAUAUAUCGAGGACAACAAGUUCUCGCAUCAUUUCGAGGCAUGUUAUGGAUCUGCCCUACAGGCCGCCAAAUUGGCCAUAGACACCAUAACUGAGGGACAAGGAGGUAAGAUUUUGGUCAGUUUGGGUUCCAAACCAGCACACGGCGUUGGAAAUCUAAGAUUGAGAAAAGAAGAAGCCUUGAAGAAGACACUUAAAUGCGAAAACGAUUUUUACUUGAAGCUAGGUCAGGAAUUUUUAAAGUCUAGUAUCUCGUUAGACCUGUUUUGCACAAGCUCUGCAUUCAUGGACAUGGUUUCUGUUGGACAACCUGUGAGGGCGACGUCUGGAUUUUUGAAAUACUACCCCAAUUUUCAUUUGGAGAAAGACGAGUUUACUUUUGUCAAUGACAUUUUGCACAGCGUAGCUAAUACGAUCGGCUAUAAUGCACAAUUGAAAGUCCGGUGCUCUGCUGGACUCUCGAUCUACAAUUACUACUCUGAGUCCGUGGACAACUCGAGCCGAGAGCCACUGAUACCGGUCAUUCACCAGGACACGACUUUAAGCGUGCUUUUCAAAUACGAAGGUCAGCUAGCGGUUCCCGAGGACGUUCACUUCCAGUGUGCCGUGUUGUAUACAGAUUUGAAUGGGGUGAGAAAAGUGCGCACCUUGAAUGUAUCCGGGGCUGUCAGUGAAAACAUCCAUGAGGUUUUCAAAUUCGUCAACCAAGACGCCGUAAUCAGCAUAAUGGUUCACGACCUGUUAACGACUUUGGGCGACUGCAAUUUUGUGCAAAUGCGGAAGACCAUUGAUGGAAAAGUCAUUGAUGUGUUGACACAAUACCGUGGCUUGGUGUCGGGAUCGCCAUCGAGCCAGUUGGUGCUACCAGACUCGCUCAAAACCAUGGCAGCCCACUUGCUUUCUUUCGAGAAAUCUGAGCUGAUGAAAAACAAUAGCAGAUCUGCGAACGGGAACGCACGAGUUCACGAUCUAUUCCAAUGGCUGACCAGCCCUCUGCCUCAAAUGCUGUACAAACUAUACCCUCAGAUUCUCCCAUUGCACGAGCUUUUGCAAGAGACAGACUUUACAUUUGCGGAUGAAAACGAUCUCUUGCUGCAAGCUAUGGCCUCAGAACUAUUGUGUGUGCGUGCGGCACGUCGCGAGCUCGUAGACGGUGGAUGCUGUUUGAUUUUUGACGGCACAACGGCAUUUUUAUGGUUAAACGAAAAUACCAACAAGUUGCUCCUACGCGAUCUAUUGAACGUUCAUGAUACAAAUGCAAAACCAGAAGAGGUGGCGCUUGUGGGCAAUUGUCUGCCCACGGUUGACAGCAUAAUCAACACAAAGGCCCGCAAUGUUUUGCAGAACUGGCGCCAAAUGGUGGGGCGGACGUACGUGCCAGUGGUGACACUGCGGCCACAUGUGGAUGCACAUUAUUCGCACACCAUGGCGGCGCUGCUGUGCGAAGACAAAUCGAUUGAGAUGGUUGAGAAUUAUGAUAAUUAUCUGGUUUCGCUGCACAAGCAAAUUCAGGCCCGACUGGCCAACGAUAAUUUCACAAAAAUUUCGAGCGCGCGGGAUCACGAACAUUUUGGUCAGAAGUUUAUACAAUUUUGA